AUGAUAGAACCAGGUUGGAAGUUAAUCCGAAUUUUAUCUCCUGAUAACGUAGAAAACUCUGAGAUAAAGCUCAGCGAAAGUAGAACUUACUUAUGUGGCAGAGGGCAAAAUAAGGAUAUAGUCUGUAACAGUAAACUAGUCUCGAAAGAUCACUGUAUUUUCCUCCGGGAUGCAAACAAAAUUUACGUUCAAGAUCUAAAGUCAGCUGUGGAGUAUCAUAAAUGCAAGUCUUGCUCUGAGAAUUACAAUAAGUUUUUGCACUAUGCGUCGAAAUCGUACGAAGACUACGAAACUUAUAGUAGAACUUUAAUAUCACUUCUAUUAUUGGAAGUGGCUUGCGGCAUAAAAAGUGAAUUCACAUCUAUAGAAAAAUGUCCCUUAUUUACGGAAUGUGUAAUCGUGACAGAUUCUGUAACAGAGGUUCUUAUAACCGAAAGAAAUUCUUUCCUGCUUAGUUUUGAAAUCAAAAUCGAAUGCACCAAGGGAAACAUUUUGCAAUUUCCGAUUAUAGGCGAUCUUCUUUCUAUUGAGAUAAUCGGUGAAAAUGAUAACUCUUACUCAUUAAUAUUUGCCUACGUCAGUGAAAUAUCAGUCGGCGAUAAGGGCGAUACAACUCUGUUUAUGGAAGAUGAAGACGUUAAGUUAUCUGCGACCUACACUGUGGUUACUAAAUGGUUGGAAUUCGAUAUUUAUAAGAGGCAUAUCAAAUCUCUGCGAGUUAUAGUGGGUGUACUGGUUGCACUCAAUCUUGUAGGUGCUCUCGAUAAAUUAAAAACUUCACCGCUUUUGCCUUUGAUUUUACAUCCAAAGUCAAAAUCCUACAGCUUGUCUAAAACCUUAAGAAAAUUUGGAUUACGAUCAAUUGACAGCUGUCUUGAAAAUCGCGAAAGCUAUCCAAAGCGAGGAACCAGAGAUCUCCUUAAUUGAAGGUCCCCCAGGCACUGGAAAGACAAAUAUUGCUACCAAUAUUAUCUUGAGACUUCUUGCAAUACAAGAAGACUUUAAAGGACAGGAUCAACCCAUGCGUAUAUUGGUAUGCGCUGGAUCA